AGUACAAAACGAUAUAAAAUUGAUUGUAAUCUGACGAAUUUGUGGGGUAAACAGAUAUUGUAAUUCUGAUCACAAUUCUUGUAUUAUUAUUAUUUGGAUCAAUUUCAUAAGUUUUACGAAUCACUUUAAACAUAUUUAUCCGGCAAGCGACGGCCGUGAAAAUGGCGGCUGUAUUGACUCUCCUUAUCAUCGUUCUUCUCUCCAAGGUAACAGGACAUGAUGUUGAUAAUUCAAGUAAGUUUCCAUUAGUAGUGAGCACGUGGCCGUUUUUAGAAGCUGUUAGAGCAGGAUGGACGGCCAUCAACGGUGGAUUAUCUUCCGUUGAUGCUGUUGUGGAAGGUUGUUCCGCCUGUGAGCUACUUAGAUGUGAUGGUACCGUUGGACCUGGUGGAAGUCCUGAUGAGAAUAGCGAAAGUACAAUUGAUGCCUUAAUCAUGAACGGGGCAACGAUGGAGGUUGGAGCAGUUGCCGCCAUGAGAUAUGUGAAAGACGGCAUCAAAGCUGCAAGAUUAGUAAUGCUCUACACCGAACACACAAUGCUUGCGGGUGAUCAAGCCUCAGCCUUUGCCAUUUCAAUGGGUCUUCCGGGACCUUCAAAUCUUAGCUCAACAGAAUCAAUGGAAAAGUGGACUAAAUGGAGAGAAAAUCAAUGUCAGCCUAAUUUUCGGAAAAAUGUUCUACCCACCAACAGUUGCGGUCCGUAUCAUCUAAAAAAAGACUCAAACGUUGGCGACCAGUGUUUGGUUGACGGUUUUUGUGAAAAUAUUAGAAUGAAAUCAUCUCGUGUGGAUUUUCACAACCACGACACGAUAUCCAUGGCUAUAUUUGAUAAAUCUGGACAUAUUGCUGUCGGUACAUCAACCAAUGGGGCUAGUUUUAAGAUACCUGGCAGGGUUGGUGAUGGACCGAUUGCAGGAUCUUCUGCAUAUGCCGAUGAUGAAGUUGGAGCUUGUGGUGCGACUGGUGAUGGCGAUAUCAUGAUGCGUUUUCUCCCAUGUUAUCAAGUAGUGGAGAGUAUGCGGUUAGGAAUGGCGCCAAGGCGUGCUGCGAAAGAUGCAAUAUCAAGAAUAGCAAAAAAGUAUCCGACUUUUGUUGGAGCUGUGUUUGCGGUUGACAAGAAUGGCACGCAUGCUGGCGCGUGCUAUGGAUGGACGUUCCAGUACUCAGUGAGAAGCCCGAGUAUGGAUGACGUGGAGGUCUUCACUGUAUAUCCUUAAGCUUGUUGACUAUGGUGAAAGAUAUGGAUCAUGUUAUAGUCAGUCCCACUUACUUGGAUAACAUGAAUAAUUGACACCACAAAAGAAAAAAAAGGGAUUUUGGAUGGGUAAUUACUCAAUCCAUAUUUGCUUUUGUAGAAAUUUGAAUCUGUAAUUUCUUGAUUGGUGAGUUAUCUUUGAUACUAUUUGACUAUAGGUGUGUUGUUCUGCAAAA